UGUCAUAAUAGUUAAACAACGAAAAGCGACGUAUUUAAGUUGUAACUCUCCAAUUUCCUCAACAAAGCUGAAUUAAAGUCCUUCUCCGGCCGUCCGGGAAAGAAUUUGUUUUUCUUAUUUUCGAAAUCGUCGUUAAUUCGCACUAGGCGUUACCUUAUUAUUUUUAUAUUUCGAUAUUGAUUGGGAUAUAAAUAUUGGCUGUGAGCCAGCAUAUAGCAAGGAUGAACUUGGACAGAUCAAAUCAAUACCUGUAGUAAGGAAGUUGUCGAUUUUGGAUAGAUAUGUAAAUAUUAUAGCUAAGUGAUUAUAGAAACUUCCAAACAAGGAACACGUCAUAUGAUAUUUCACGUUUAGGUCAUUCCCUACCCGCCACUAUGGGAGUAUCCCCUGGUCGACCAAUAAACCCCUACACGGGACAGGUGGGCGGAUAUUCGAACCCAGGGCCUGGGGUUGGAUACCCGGGUCACGUGCCCUUCCGGAUGGUCCCCGGGACAGUCGACACAGGAAACGCGGAGAGAACCUGUCCGCACUGUCGCCAAUCCGCCAUUACGAGGGGAAAAGCACCGACAAGGCCAUACUGCACGUCGGUGGGAACCUGUUACAAUGGGUGUAAGCCCAACCAACAACCGACGUACCAAAACAGUGCUAUAUAUGCAAACGGUUAUCAAAACUACCAGAUACAUUCAAACAGCUACACUUAUCAGCAACCCGGUAACGCUGGUAUCAACAAUAGCGGGUUUUCCAUGUCGGGAGCAACAGGAUACUUGAAGCCACAACCGCCUUCUGUUCCUUACUCUGUCCCUUCGCCUCCAACGUACGUUGGCCCACCAGAGAGCUACGAUGACCCGCCGCCUCCCUACCCAGGUCCACCGGAACUGGAAACAAAAACAUCAGGAUUAUACGAUAACUAGAUCACGGCUUGUUAUGUUAGACUAAGUCGUGGGGAUUAAUCUUUAAUGUGACACAAUAGUGAUAUAUUUUACAGUGUAAUAACUUGAUUGUUAAUAAUCGUGAUUGGCCAUUGUUGGCAUUGAUUUCAAAUGCAAAUUAUUCACUUUGCAACGCAGUUCAGUGUUUAUUCUUUAUACAAAAUCUAUAUGUGUAAGACAUUCCUAUCUUUCUUGUCCUAGCUAUUUAUCUGCAACAAAUGUGCCAUGUCACGUAAUAAUCCCGUUUUUUAUCUUUAGCUUGAAAGAAGUGAACGAAUGGUGUAUGUGAGAUGUCCGGAUCGUGAUUGUUGAAAUAUAUUAUUUAUUUCGUAUAUUAAUACAUAUUAUGCUGCGUUUAAUUAGAUUUUACAGAAAUCUAAAGAUAAAUAAAUAUUUAUCUUAAACCUUAA